AUGUUCUGUGGAUCGAUCUGCGAUUUCGAACGCGAAAUCCCGAGCGGACGUCGACCAAGAAAGUAUUUCUAUUGGUGGACGAGGGUCGGUGAACGUCGAAAUGCCAUCACUUCUCCGAGUACGAUCUACUCGUCAGCUUUUGUGGAGAGUCUUGGGGACUCGCGGAGAUCUACUUUGUUGAGCCGUUUCUUUGGCUUUGACGGAGACGAGGUGACACCGUUUUUCGCCGUCUCCCUUGACGGUCGCUAUUAUCGAACAGUAUCAAAGGGUCGACUCAUCCCCAAAUCGCCACGGAUUCUUCUCAUUCCAUUCAUUUUCUAUGCGAGCAACCCGUUGCCACAUAGAAUGACAUGUCUUCCGGACACCUUCAUCAUCAGCAACUUGUGGAUACUCUUCGCACUUUGUCUAAUCGCUGUGAGCGUCGACGUGUUCACGUUGCGUAAAGUUCAUCGACAAAUGAAAUCGAGCAAGACUGAUUUUGCACAAAUGCGCACCGAUAUCCGACUUUCGGCUCAGAUGAUGCUCACUCACACGAUCAACGUGUUUGAUUGGUCGAAGAUCUUCUUGACCGCCACUCCAUCCGACUCGUCUUUGCAACAGAACGGCUCGACACUGGCUCAGUAUUUCUCUAUUGUUGCCGCCACAGGGUGGGCUGAGGGCUUAUUACAGAGACCUCAUUGUCUCAGCUCUAUCGGUUAUCCAUGGAGUGGAGGGAUGCUCAAUCAAAUCAUCAGCACAUCCUACAUUUCCAUCGGCUAUUCGGUGCAAUGGCUCGAAACGGCUAUCUCGGUUAAUCGGGAACUGACGGAGUGGAUAAGAGAAAGCUCAAAAGCCGAAGAGGGAUUCUCGAUUCAGAUGAUUUGCAUUAACUUGAUGAAUAUGGUUGUUUCCCUGGUGAGCGUGAUUGCAAUGAGCAUCUUCAACAACGUGAUCGAGAACGGGCUGGCCACAGAUGGGUCCUCUGCCAUCUACACGGGUGCGUUGAUUGCAGGCGUGGUUGCUUGCAAAGCCAUAGCAGUCGAUGCUUUUCCAAUUGUGGCUAAAACGACGUCGAAUAUCCGGUACAGAAUCGAUGUUGAGGCAACGGAUUCAAUCGAAACGGUGAAAGGAAAACUUCAGGAUCGAAUCGGUUAUCCACCAGAACAACAAAAGCUUUCCUAUAAAGGAGAAGCGCUCGAAGAUGGGCACACAUUGAGCGACUAUAAUAUCAUCGAUCCAGUCAUCCUCAAUCUACAAGUU